AUGUCUGCUAUCUCUGUCUCAAACUUCAAUAGUUCCAGAUUUGUUCUCACUGGUUUUCCUGGCCUAGAAGCUGACUAUCUCUGGCUCUCCAUCCCUUUCUCCUCCAUCUAUGUCAUGGUGUUCCUGGGAAACUGCAUGGUGCUCCAUGUGAUCCGGACUGAGUCAAGCCUGCACCAGCCCAUGUUCUACUUUCUGGCCAUGUUGGCCCUCACUGACCUGUGCGUGGGGAUGUCCACUGUGCACACGGUGCUAGGGAUCCUGUGGGGGUUCAUUCGUGAGAUCAGCCUGGAUUCCUGCAUUGCUCAGUCCUAUUUCAUCCAUGGUCUGUCCUUCAUGGAAUCCUCUGUCCUCCUUGCUAUGUCUUUUGAUCGCUACAUUGCCAUUUGCAACCCUCUACGCUACUCCUCCAUCCUGACAAAUGACAAAAUCAUGAAAAUUGGGGUGGCGAUUUUAUGUAGAAGUUCUUUACUCAUACCUCCUGUCAUCAUCCGUUUGAAGUUCUUAAAUUAUUGCCAUCCUCACGUCCUUUCUCACUCUUUCUGCCUGCACCAAGACUUAAUUCGAAUGGCCUGUUCAGGCAUUCGCUUCAACAGCAUCUAUGGUCUGUUCCUGGUAAUCAGCAACCUGUUGUUGGAUGCAGUGCUCAUACUUAUCUCCUAUAUCAUGAUCCUGCAUACUGUGCUAGCCAUUGCGUCCCGGGAGGAGAGACUCAAGUCAUUGCAGACCUGUGUAUCUCACAUCUGUGCUGUUUUGGUUUUCUACAUCCCAAUCAUUGGUCUGACCAUGGUGCACCGUUUUGGGAAACACCUCUCACCAUUGGUUCAUGUCCUCAUGGGCAACAUCUACAUCCUUUUUCCACCCUUGAUGAACCCUAUUAUUUAUAGCAUCAAGACCAAACAGAUACGAAGGAGAGUCCAGAGAUUGUUCUGCUUGAAAGGAGCCUAA